UCUGUUGCGUGCGGGAGGAAAAUGUCCGUGAGUUUCCUGCUGGAGAUGGACACGGCCAUGUACGGCAACCCCGCGAGACACCUAAACCUCGGCCAGACGCACAUGUACCCGUCCGCCCCGUACCCGGACUACAGCGGAUACCACCCGGUGUCUGCCCUCGGCAAUGACCUGCAUCACACCGGCAGCGCGUGGAGUCCCGGGUUCGGUCACGGUGGGCGCGAGGACUGGCCGCCGCCGCUUUACGGGCACGGGACGGGUCACUCGCUGCCUGUAAACGGCGUGGAGGCGAACGUUAUUCCGCCGGUGGACCAGGGACUGCUGAGGAACGGUCCGAGCGCACCGGUGGAGAGAGAGGAACCGCAGGACUGGAUGAGAGCCACCGCCACUCCUGUGAUCCCCGGAGGAAAAACGAGGACGAAGGACAAAUACAGAGUGGUUUACAGUGACAUUCAACGCCUGGAGCUGGAAAAAGAAUUCCACUUCAGUCGCUACAUCACCAUCAGAAGGAAGGCGGAGCUCGCGGUGGCCCUGAGCCUAUCAGAACGCCAGGUGAAGAUCUGGUUCCAAAACAGACGAGCUAAAGAGAGAAAAGUGAACAAGAAGCGACUUCAACAGGCCCAAGAGAACUCGACGUCCAAUGCUCCCAUUCACGGCAACAUCGCCAUGGUUACCAGCACCAAUAACGGUUUGAUGACGGACAAUAUAUCGACAAACAUCAAAGAGGAAUAUUGAGAACUCUUUAAACCAGACGGAUAAACAGUUUCACGUUUACACGGAUUCAGCGACACUGACCGUUCAUAUUGCACUACAUAAAUGACACGCAAACACGCUUUAUUGUGAAUAAGCACGCAGUAUUUUAAUUUUGUAAAGAAUGAAUAUGAUCUCAGCGUAUGAUGAACUUAUGAAGAUACGACAUAAUGCUUUCUAAAUUGUUUUGCAUCCUGCUUUUGAUAUGGACUCACUAACUGGUGAUUUUGAAGUUUUAUUGACAAUAUAUUUAAAGUGCCUGUAUCACGACUGUUUUGCUUUGCUACAUAAAAUAUUUUACACCUACUGGAUCAUGGAAAACUGACAUUAUUCUUAAUUUUUUUUUUUUUUACAAAAAAAAAGAAAAGAAAUGGAGAAAAGACUGGACUACUGCCUCAGUGUAAUUAUUCAUGUAUGGCGUUUAUAAUCCUAAUAAAAGAGAAUAUCU